AUGCGUGACGUCAGGCACGUAGACAAAGCUCAUCAACCAAUGAACUGUAUCACACGAUGCAGUCAUGCAUCAAUUUCUUGCAUCACACCCGUUAUUCCCUCGAAACGAAUCCGUGCUCCAUUUAUUAAUCGAGAUUAUGCGGCCGUUUCUCUGUUGGCAGACAGCAAUUUUGUGCUGGGAAAUGCGCAGGUUCCGUCCCUCUAUCCGAUCGUUUAUUGCUCGGACGGUUUCUGCGAGCUGACAGGAUUCGCGCGAGCGCAAAUCAUGCAAAAGGGUUGCGCUUGCAAAUUCCUCUAUGGCCCGGAAACGAAAGAAGAGGAAAGGGCGAUGAUCGACAAGAGCCUCGAGAGCAAAACGGAGCUCAAGAUGGAAGUGGUGUUCUACAAAAAGAACGGAAGCCCAUUCGACUGUCUACUCGAUAUUGUCCCGAUCAAAAACGAAAAGGGCGACGUCGUCCUCUUUCUGGCCUCGCACAAGGACAUCACCCACACGAAGAACCUUCAGCUGUGUGAGUUGCAAGAUAGUGACGCAAAAGGUGGCCUCGAUCCGGAAGCACCGCCGGCUAAUUACGGAAGGAGAAGGAGCCGCGCUGUCCUUUAUCAAUUGUCGGGCCAUUACAAACAGGACAAUAAGCACAAAAUUAAAUUGAAUAACAAUCUUCUUCAUUCCACCGCGCCACCGUUGCCCGAGUAUAAAACGACGGGAAUAAAAAAAUCUCAAUUCAUUUUGAGCCACUACGGUGGCUUCAAGUCUUGCUGGGAUUGGUUAAUACUCCUCGCGACAUUUUACGUGGCGAUCGUGGUCCCUUUUAACGCGAGCUUCAUUAACAUCGACAGGCCGACGAUGGUCAGCGACGUUGUCGUCGAGGCACUCUUCAUAACCGAUAUCGUUCUGAACUUUAGGACGACCUAUGUGAGCAGAAAGGGUGAAGUGGUCAGCAACAGCAAAAGCAUCGCUGUCAACUAUCUAAAGGGAUGGUUUUUUGUCGAUCUUGUCGCCGCCUUGCCCUUUGAUUUUCUCUACGCGUCCGACGUUUACAGCGGCGAGGUGAGUAAUUUAAUUAUCGCAAGCUUCGAUCUGUUAUCCACAGAUUUAAGGGGGCGCGAUCUAGCGACGGUCGACAUAAUUGACGAGACUCGGCACCCUUUUCCCGGUUGGAUUCACACGUUGGCGGAAAACUUGAAGAUUUCGGUGGAGCACGUAACCCACGCGGAAAGUUACAUCACCGCGUUGUAUUUCACGUGCAGUAGCCUGACACCGGUAGGAUUUGGAAAUGCUUCGGCCAAUACAUUCUCCGAGAAGUUCUUCUCAAUUUGCACGAUGCUCAUUGGCGCUCUGAUGCAUGCCGUGGUCUUUGGUAACGUGACUGCAAUUAUUCAAAGAAUUUACUCUAGAAGAUCUCUAUACCAAACAAAAUUGCGGGAUCUCAAGGAUUUUUUCGUAUUGCAUCAGAUCCCCGAAGAACUGAAACAACGUAUGCAAGACUAUUUCCAAACUAUGUGGUCCUUGAAUCAUGGUAUCGAUAUACACGAGACCCUGAAACAAUUUCCAGAGGAGCUGCGAGGAGAUGUUUCGAUGCACUUACAUCGCGAGAUAUUAAAUUUACCGAUAUUCGAGCCCGCUUCCCAGGGCUGUCUCAAAUUACUAUCUCUCCGAAUUAAAAAUAAUUUUUGCGCCCCCGGCGAGUUUUUAGUUCACAAAGGGGAUGCACUCUCUUACAUAUAUUACUUGUGCAACGGUUCCAUGGAGGUUGUGCAAAAUAACAUGGUCGUUGCGAUCUUAGGUAAAGGUGAUCUGGUAGGCUGUGACAUAAACGUCCACCUGCAGCACACGAGUAACGGUGGUGGGGCAGGUGGAGGAGGUGCCGCGGAUGUCGUAGUCAAAUCGAGUUGCGACGUUAAAGCGUUAACCUACUGCGAUUUAAAAUGCAUAAAUAUGCAUGGAUUAGUCGAGGUGCUUCGUUUGUAUCCCGAGUAUCAACAUCAGUUUGCAAAUGAUAUACAACACGAUCUCACUUACAAUUUGCGGGAGGGAUACGAAGCCGAGCAAGAAUCGGAUAUGAAUGGGCCGUCGUUAACGUUACCCUCCAUUAGCGAAGACGAUGAAAACGUGCCUGACGAAGGGGAGACGUCGCCCCUGUCACCGCCGAACAAAUCACCUUUGCACACGUCUUCGAGCCCGAGACACGCCAAAUUCAGGGACGAGUAUCGAGAGGCAAGAAGGCCGGCAAGGGGAGUUUUAGUGAGAGGGAGGACGGCUCAAGUAAUCGCUCAAGAAUCGAUGGAAGAACACAUUCGAGGAUCCGUGGAACGACUGGACACCCAAUUUUCCACGUUGCAUCAGGACGUAGCCACGUUGAGUUGCGAGGUGAGAAAUGCCAUACAAGCUCUACAAAUAUUAGCGUGUUCGCCUCAAAGUAAUCCGAAUUUACCAACCCCCGCGAGUCGUGGGAGUGGAGUUUUGGCGAGAAGCUCGUCCCAUCCGCCGGAUGCUAUAUGCUGGGAUCCACCAAGGAGAAUGUUAGACGCAUCCACGCAAACCGACUGGCCCGUAGACUUGUUCGAAUCCUGGGUUCGAGCGAAUUCUCAAACAGUUCUAAGAAUCCUCGAACUCGAUCCGGAUCUUCUUUUGAGGCAACCACACUCCCCGACACCGUCGCCAUCUUCUCCCCCACCACCGCCGUACGAGCCCUUGUCACCUGUUGUUGGAACACCGCCACGAUCGCUGUCCCCUGCCCAAGGAAACGAAACGUUCGUUUUUGGCAAUAAUCGGGGGGAACAACAACAACAACAACACAUUCCUCGCUCGUAUAAACCGACAAACUCUACGUGGGAUCCCGAGAAUAAAUUAUUGCACAGAUUUAGCGCCGGUGAUGCUGACAAUGCAUCUCUAUAUCAGGCAUUUAGCAAUUUGCGCCGACUUCCUGAAUCACGAUCGCUAAAAUUCGAUCCGUUUGAUAGCUGAACGUUUCCAGAAACAUAUCAGGGUUACAAGCCUUAGAAGAACGCAAACCGAAAGAUAAAAUACUAUCGAGAAAUACUUGUAGAAACAGAAGCAAAAGACAAAAAAAAAAAAAAAAGCAUAAGAUAGGGCAACGAGGAACCAAAACCACUCGUUUUUUAAGUGUUCAAGAUACAUUCAUGUUUUAUCACUUGUACUUCAAUUCUAUAUAAAAUCUUUCUACAAAAUGUAUAUUUCACUUUUUACAGACACGAGAUUUUUGAAUUCAAUCGAUUAGUUAGGAACAAAUCGGUCGAAAUUCUCUUCAUUGCAUUGAAACGUAUUUCUACGUAUUGUCGAAUGAAAUUCUAUCGAUAUAAACAUUUUUUACGAAACGCGAAACAUGUCCAAAAAGAAAAAGAAAAAAAAAACAAACGAAAAUAUGAUAUAAACUAUAUCCUUGCUCAUUUUAAAUAUUAAUAUUUGUUUAGAGAUUCGACACCUCGUCUGAUCCGAAUUUCUUAGAAUGGAACACGUGUACAAUCAUAAAUUUUAAUCUAAAAAAGUAAAUCGUAUGCGAAGUGAAUUGUUCAUAGAUUUUUCAUAAAUGUAAUUUAUUUUCGAAAUCGAAAAUAAUUAUAAUAUAAUCGAAAUCGAAGAUACUUUAUCUGAAAGAUAUUUUUUACUCGCCUCUUAUAUCGUGAAUGUUUAAAAUCCGGAUAACGAUGCAAUUUGUAUCGAAUAUAUCUAUCUCUUCCUCGGAAAACUUUUUGCUUAUGUCAUUCCAUACGCAUACGUGUUGCUGUGAUUGAUUAAAUCUAGUUAGCGAAACUACAUCGUUUAUUUAAAAAUGUAUUCUUGCGGUAAUUUUGCUGAAAAAUAAAUCGGCAAAAUAUAUUAUUUAGGAGCAUUCGUACUAUUUUCAAAUAUAAAAAACAAUAAAUUCAACCUUUAAGGGAAUUAUUGCGAAGUCUUGUUUUCAAAUCGAAAGACUUUAAAAUUAUCGGUGAAAAAAAAG